AUGCAUGCUGUGAGGUUGAAGUCCACAAUUAGAGGGAGGAGGUGCGAAGAGGAGGAAGAAGAGGUGAAAUUCGAGGAGAGUGACAUGAUUCCAAAGUCAGGAAAAUCUCCGAUGGACUCGCGGAAAAGUGUGGCGGGCAUCCAUGAGUUUGCAGCACUCGCCAGAUCUUCGCUCAAUGGCAUCUCGCAAGCGGUGAGGGACCACGUGACCAAACCCACCUCACUGGCCCAGGGCCGGGUUGCCCACCUCAUUGAAUGGAAAGGCUGGCCCAAACCUGUGGAACCCUCCCACGCCGCCCACUUCAGCUCCUACUGUCGCCUGAGCGAAGGCGAGAAGGAGGCCCGCUUUGCUGCCGGUGUGGCCGAGCAGUUUGCCAUCGCUGAGGCCAAGCUGCGUGCGUGGGCAUCGGUGGACGAGGAUGACAUGGAUGAAGACGAUUCCAAUGACGAGGAGGCCAAAGUGGGCUCUCACGCCGACUUCACCCCUCAGAGCACAGCAGACGCCGCCACGUCCCACCUGGCAUCCGGACUUCUGGUCCGGUCUGAACAACUUUUCCAAGAGGAAAACGGUGGCGACGGUGAGGUGUUUGUCCACCACAAACCUGAGAGGAGGCCCGGCCGUUUUGAUUCUUGCUACUCUACCUCGUACUCUGAAUCACCCGAAGAGGAUGACGAGGAAGAAGACGAUGAGGUGUUCCACGAAGCUCGGCUCUGGAGCUCUGGGCGUUUUCCGUUUCACCGGGCCUCCUCCGGGGUGGCGUCUCUGGACGAGGAAGACCACGAGAAACAGGACCGGGGAGAUGAGGGGAAAGAGUAUUUGAUGUGA